AUGGGCCUCAAGGUGGUGCCGAUGAUCGCGCCCUUCUCAACCCUCCGGGCCGUCAACCUCUCCAGCAACUUCAUCGUUCAUAUCUCCCCUGGAUCGCUGCCCAAGGGCCUGCACUCUCUUGAUCUGUCUAGGAACAAGAUUGCCAACAUCGAGGGGCUCCGGGAGCUGACGAAGCUACGCGUGCUCAACCUCAGCUACAACCGGAUUUCGCGGAUUGGGCAUGGUUUGUCCAACUGCACGGCGAUCCGGGAGCUGUACCUGGCGGGCAACAAGAUCAGCGACGUGGAGGGGCUGCACCGUCUGCUGAAGCUGGCGGUGCUGGACCUGAGCUUCAACAAGAUCACGACGGCCAAGGCGCUGGGGCAGCUGGUGGCCAACUACCACUCCCUCCUGGCGCUCAACCUCGUGGGCAACCCGGUGCAGGCCAACGUCGGCGACGACGCGCUGCGCCGGGCGGUCACGGGGCUCCUCCCGAGCCUUGCCUACCUCAACAAGCAGCCCGUGAAGCCGCAGCGCAGCACGCGGGAGGUGGCCACGGACAGCAUUGCGCGCGCCGCGCUCGGCGGCUCGGGCAGUCGGAGCGUCCGGAAGAAGACGUCGCGGCGGCUCACGCAGAGCCCCCGCUCGUCGCCGAUGACCAGGGGCCGUGGUGGCGGUGGCGGCGGCGGCUCACCCACACCAAGAAACCCAUCUCGUCGUCGUUGA